AUGAUUAUACAAAGAGGGGCCUUCGUGGCCAUAUGCCUCCUCGCGAUCACGUCAAGCUUGGAAGCGCAGAGUUUCGUCAGACAGUAUUGUGGCGCUGACGAUUUCCGCUGCGAUAAUGGAAAGUGCAUCGAAGGUGGACGACGCUGCGACCGAGUGGUUGAUUGCCCAUCUGGAGAAGAUGAGUUGUCUUGCGAAUGUAGACCGAACGAGUUCAGGUGUCAAGAUGAUGGCUCUUGUAUCGAGUCUCGAAAACGAUGUGACCGUGUAAACAACUGCCGAGAUGGAUCUGAUGAAAUUGGAUGUGGUGGUGUAUCACGAUUGCUUUAUUGGUCCGGAGAUCACGUCUGUAAGGAUAGAGGCAAAUUUAAAUGCGGUGAUGGAACUUGCAUAUCUAUUCUAUUACGAUGUGAUGGUUUCAAAGAUUGCCCACACGAUGGUAAUGAUGAAAUCGAAUGUCCAUGCGGCUCUGACCAAUGGCAAUGCGAUCAUGGUAAUUGUAUAAAACUCAGCAAGCGCUGCAAUGGUCGUGUGGACUGCCCCACAGAUAGAUCUGAUGAAAGGAACUGCAUCGCGGCUGGGUAUUUUAAAUGCAGAACUGGCAAGUUAAUACCUGAAAGUGAGAGGUGCAAUCGUCGUUAUGAUUGUGAUCAUGGGGAUUAUUCUGAUGAGAAAAAUUGUCCAUGUGGUGACGCCGACUUCAAGUGUGACAAUGGUUACUGCAUUCCUGCAUACAAAAAAUGUGACAGAACGCAUGACUGUCAAGAUGGUUCUGAUGAACGAGAUUGCAUUUAUGGCACAAUAUGCAUGGCUUAUCAAUUUAAAUGCUCGUGUGGAGUAUGCGUAUCGGCGGAAUCUCGAUGCAAUGGCACAAGAGAAUGUAUUGACGGUUCUGAUGAAAUGAACUGUCCCUGUAAAAGAGAGCAGUUUCAGUGUCAUGAUGGUUCUUGCAUUAACCAUUCAAAACGAUGUAAUGGACGUGCAGAUUGUCCCUCGGGUGAAGAUGAACAUAACUGUGGAUCACAACCGUGUCCAUCUGAUGCUUUCACCUGUGAUCCCGGCUCUACCGUGCCUUGUGCUAAGAGGUGUGACGGCAUCCAAGAAUGUGAUGCGGGAGAAGAUGAAGACGGCUGUGAUGAUUGCAACCACUCAUGUGACGGAAGAUGUUUAGAGGAUAUCAAAAUUUGCGACCAAGUGCCGGAUUGCAGCGAUGGUUCAGACGAGUUUAACUGCAACGAUUGUAACUCCCCUACCGACUUCAGAUGUAAAAAUGGCGAAUGUAUUAAUGCUGUUCAACGCUGCAAUGGUAUUCCAGAAUGCGGCGACCUUAGCGACGAAAUCGACUGCAAUGUCACUAUGAUUCCACAGCCUUAUGGCUGUAGUGAUGAUAAUCAGUUCCAAUGUAGAGACGGUGGCUGUAUCAACAGCAACUUCUUCUGUGACGGUCACGCCGAUUGUAAUGACAACUCUGAUGAAGAAAACUGCCCUUGCGACGAUGGUUACUGGCAGUGUUUGUCGGGGCAAUGCAUUGCCAAUAACGAAUACUGCAAUGGAUAUCCUGACUGCACGGAUGCGUCCGACGAGAGUGAUUGUCCGCCCGGCCUCCCACCGUUCACUACUGCCUUCCCUCAAACUCCGUAUCCGACGACGACUUACCAACCACCUUAUACCACCACAUAUUCACCUCCCCCUUACAGAUGCACAUCAAAUGAGUGGCGUUGUGAAAAUGGGCCGUGUAUAAAGCUAUAUCAACGAUGCGACGGACACGUGGACUGCCCGCACGAUGGCUCUGAUGAAUUCGACUGUCCAGCUGGCAUUCCAGGUCCCAUCGCUUUGAAUCUCAAAACCUACCCGAGUGAACAAACAGUUCGUAAUGGCGGUGAUGUGGUGUUUACUUGUCGAGACGAAGGACCCCUGCGAGCUCAAGUAAAGUGGAUCCGAGAGGGUGGUAGACCCAUCAAGUCAGGCUACACUGAUGUUAGAGGACGCUUAGAAAUGAGCAAAGUGACGCCAGCUGACAGCGGCACCUACAUAUGUCAAGCGCCACGGUACUUAGGCGCUGCUGGAUCUGAAGUGAGAGUAUAUCUGACAGUAGAGCGUCCUGAAGUAACACAUCCGCCAUUCACUGUAUGUGGAUCCCAUCAAGCCACCUGCGGAAACGGACAAUGUAUUCCUAAAUCAGCAGUUUGUGAUGGUAGAGAUGAUUGUUCCGACAGAUCUGACGAAGAAUCUUGCCAUCAAAAUGGAAAGUGCGAGCCAAAUCAAUUCCUGUGCGCAAAUCGCAAAUGUGUGUUGAAAACUUGGCUUUGCGAUUCUGAUGAUGAUUGCGGAGAUGGUUCUGAUGAACAGAACUGCGUCGAAUCCCCAUCAGAUCAGUGCCGGCCUACAGAAUUUGCGUGCGCAAGCAACGACCAAUGUGUACCAAAAAGCUUCCAUUGCGAUGGGCAGAGUGAUUGUUUGGACAAAUCUGAUGAAAUUGGAUGCGCACCGGUGCACGUGACAAGGUCACCGUCCCCAUCUAACGUCAAGCUUAACCCGGGUGAAACUCUGACCUUAGUAUGUGAAGCGGUGGGCGUUCCUGUGCCAUUAAUAUCCUGGCGUCUUAACUGGGGAAAUGUCCCUGAAAACUGUAAAGCCACUAGCAUUAAUGGUAUUGGCACAUUGACUUGCUAUAACAUGCAGAUGGAACAUAGUGGCGCAUAUUCUUGUGAAGCUAUCAACAAUAAAGGAACUACGUUCGCCAAUCAUGACGCUAUUGUCUACGUCAAUAGGACUGGUGGAGUGUGUCCCGGUGGUUACUUCAACAGUGAGGCAAGAUCACAGAACGAAUGCAUCCGUUGCUUCUGUUUCGGAAAGUCGACCCAAUGUCAGAGUGCGGAUCUUUUUAUCUUCAACAUGCCCACCCCACUCGGUGAAGGAGGCACCAGGCUUGUAGGUGUAAACCAGAGCCCAAAUGGAGACGUUCAGGUGGACAAGCAACAAGUAGAACAGUACUUCUACCAGCCCCUCAGAAAUGGCGCUACGGUAACUAAACUAGCAGAAUUCACCGCCUGGUCUAGGAGUAGAGCACAUCCAUAUUUAACUCUGCCAGAAACAUACAAUGGCAACCAACUCACAUCUUAUGGUGGCCACAUCAAAUACCGCCUGUCUCCACACAUUCCUCAACGUUAUAGAUCUGAUGAAAAUAUUCCUGAUAUUAUAAUUAAGGGUACUUACCAAACUCUUGUCUACAAGAGUCGUGAAGACCGGUACCGUGAACCUUAUGUUGACGCUCGACUUACUCCCGGCGACUGGCAGAAACCAACACCUAGAGGCCUUAUGCCAGCUUCCCGCGAAGACAUUAUGAUGGCGCUUGAUGAGGUCGAAACAAUUUUGCUUCGUGCUGACUUUAACAACGCCGGAGUCAAUAUCACUGAAUUCAACAUGGAAUCUGCGCAAUCUAACAAUGUGGGCUUGGGAUCAGCGAGCUUGGUAGAGGAGUGCUCUUGUCCUGAAGGCUACAAAGGCCGAUCUUGUGAGAAAUGUGCUGAUGGUUACGAGCGUCAAAACUCUGGACCAUGGAACGGUACGUGUGCACCGAAAGCUCCUUGUCCACCCCUUACAUAUGGCGACCCGAGCAGCGGUGGUGCCUGCAAGCCUUGCCCAUGUCCGUUGACAAACCGUGGCAACCAGUUUGCCAGUGGUUGCUCUUUGGGACCUAGAGGCGAUGUUAUCUGCGAAUGUCAUCCUGGUUACGAGGGACCAGACUGCAGUUACUGUGCACCAAAUUACGUUGGCAAUCCGUUGAUUGCCGGCGAUUCUUGCCAACCUAGGCCCCCUGACAACUGUAACCCGAAUGGAACUAGUCAUGUCCGUUUACCUGACGAGUGUGUCUGCAAAGAGAAUGUCCAAGGACGUUAUUGCGACCAAUGUAAAAAUGGUUCCUACUUCCUGUCUAACGAUUUUAGACACGGCUGCGCUCAAUGUUUCUGUUCUGGACUCGAGAGACCAUGUAUGAUCAGUCAACUUCGCCGUAAAACGACUAGCGUUCGCUUUAACGUGCCGCAGAUUGUAGAACAAGUGAAGGUGUACAAGAGUGCUCCAACGACACUUAAUGAUUCCAUAUCACCGAGUGCCGUGGGAUAUAAUGCACCCGUAGAAACUGAUCUACGACCGGACCUAGUUAGGGGAGAAAUCGGUCUUUACAACUACGAACGCUCCCAACCUGCUAUUCUGUACUGGAGUCUUCCUAUAAAUUUCGCUGGCGAUAAGGUUACAUCGUACGGUGGAUAUCUGCGAUAUGAACUUCACAACGUACCAACUUACGGUAGUUUGAAAAACACGGCCCCUGAUGUGCAACUUAUUAGUAAUAAUAGUUUAACGCUCCACUACUUCGGCAACGUCUUGCCAGCGAGUGAUGGUUACCUAAAUUCCAGUGUACAGUUCCUAGAGAAAGGAUGGCAGAGGCCCAAUGGUAAAGAAGUUUCCCGCGAACAUUUCCUCCUUGCUCUGGCUGAUGUGAAGGCUAUUCUUAUAAAGGCAACGUACUCAUAUAACACUGAUGUAGCGUCAAUAGUAAGCGCUAGUAUAGAAACUGCUGCCCCAGACGGCGAUGGGCCCCUUGCACAACAUGUGGAACAGUGUGUAUGUCCUGUGGGCUAUAUCGGAACGUCCUGUGAAGAUUGUGCACCAGGUUAUACUAGGAGCUCAAGUGGUCUUUAUUUGGAGCUUUGUGGACCUUGCGAAUGUAAUGGACAUUCUAGAAUGUGUCAUCCGGAAACUGGUGUCUGUUACAACUGUGCUGACAAUACCGAUGGACCAAAUUGUGAAACCUGCAAAGAGGGUUAUGAAAGGGACCAAAACGACAACUGCGUAUUAAGUAGCACUCCGGCACCACCAUGCAAUUGUGAUCCACGUGGAGAAGCAUGGCCGUGCACAAGUGGACAAUGUUAUUGCAAGCAAAACGUCGAAGGACAAGCCUGUGACCGAUGCCGUCCUGGAACAUUUGGACUAGAUGGAAACAACCCAUUAGGCUGUCUAUCCUGCUACUGUUCUGGUGUUACGAGCGAUUGUAGCGAAGCCAAUCACUACUCAAGGAUUCCGCUGCCAGCACCCAUCUUAGGCGAUGACUACGGUGGCUACACUCUAAUGGACUUAAAUGCAGAGCAAGUUAUCAACGACCAGUUCUUACCAUCACCUAAGCAGAGCGAACUCAUGUACAUAUUCUCUUCACCACAGAUCAGUGACUUGUACUGGUCUUUGCCAGUCUUUCCAGGUAAUCGAGUUCUCUCAUAUGGCGGUACGUUAUCACUAACACAGAAAUUCGAUGCUGGUGGUAAUCCAGAAGAAUCUACUCCUGGCAUAGACAUUGUCCUCAUUGGAGAUGGACUUUCUAUCUUCUGGAGCAACCCAUCACGUAUAAGAGCUGGCGAAGCUUUAAGCUAUCAAGUUCCAUUACGAGAGGCUAACUGGCACAUAUUAAAUUCACCUAAUGCGGCAAGCCGUGAAAACUUCAUGUCAGUACUAAAAAAUCUAAGGAGAAUAUUAGUUCGGGCUACCCUUUCACCCAAUGCAAUCUCGACUGCGAUCGCUGAUGUAUCCAUGGACACAGCUGGUGAAAGCUACAACAGUGCUUUACCCGCGGCCAAUGGUGUAGAGAUUUGCAUGUGCCCUGAGGGCUACUCAGGCACAAGUUGCGAGACAUGUACUACAGGGUAUUAUAAGGAUCAAUCAGGAUCCUGCAGACGAUGCAAUUGCAAUGGAUAUGACUGCCAACUCGGAAGCUAUGGUGAAGUUGUUUGUAACUGUCGCCCACCGUACGCUGGACAUGAUUGCACUACCUUUGGUAAUGUUACAUUAGAUACCACUACAAUGCGUCCAGAGCCACCGCCGCAAAGUACAGUUGUAGUGAAAAUUGUAAGCCCGACUAUUAAAAUCCAAAAGGUAGGAAGUACUGUAAACUUCACAUGUGAAGCCCAAAGUCCUAUGACACCAACUCGUUUACCAGUAAACUGGUACAAGAUCGACGGCUACCUUCCCCAAGGCAGAAGUCAAGUAGAUCGGAGAAGAGGUUUGCUGCUUAUUACGAAUUUGCAAGUGUCUGACAGCGGAAAAUAUAUUUGUGAAACUAGUGAUGGAAUAUCAACGGCACAAGCUAUCGCUACUCUAAAAGUACCAGUAAAUGAAAUGACAAUACCGACCGUAGCGAUAAGUCCGUCUGUGAAGGAGUACUAUGAAGGCGACAGAAUAGAAUUGACUUGUGCCACCACAGGCAACCCUGCUCCAAGAAUAACUUGGCAGAGAGCUUCUAAUAGACCAUUGCCACGAUCGUCAGACACUUAUGAUGCACUUUUAAUUAUUGACAAUGCCAGCGUCGAUGACUCCGGUGAAUACAGAUGUAUUGCAUCAAAUUCCGCUGGUUCAACUGAUCGUACAGCUAUUGUAACUGUCCGUCCAAGACCGUCCAAAAUCCCGAGGCAAAGACUUACAGUAUCUUCUGCAUCACCCACCGUCAACGAGGGACAAAACAUUCGAGUCGUUUGUACUGGAACCGCUAAUAUACCAGCUGGAUCCAUUGAUUGGGUCAGGGAAGAUGGUACACAAUUCCUGUCAAAUGUACGCUCUGAAAAUGGCGUGCUUUAUAUUGAAUAUGCAGUGCCAGAAAACCAAGGAGUAUAUAUGUGUCAAACGCCACCGAACUAUGACAUGAGACCAGAAAUGACUGUCAUAACUGUGAUCUCUCUUAAUACUCCAUCGCCAGGAGAAACGACCAACAUUACUGUUUCCGCUGAUCAAAUAACAAUACCUACAGGUGGAAGUGGUACAGUUGACUGCAAUCCUCAAGGAUAUCCAUUGCCACUCAUCAAAUGGACGAAGUAUCAAGAAGCAUUCGGACCAGGUACCAGUCAGAGGGAAAACACGUUGGUCAUCAACAAUGCCCAAGACAGUGACGCUGGAUAUUAUUUGUGCGAAGGUACCAUCUAUGGAAGAACGGUUGUCAGCCAAUUCGUCUAUGUUGGAAUCGAACGCCGUGAAGCACCCCGAGUACAGAUUUACCCUCAAGGUGAGAAGUGGGUGACACUUGGCACACAAUACGAGCUCCACUGCAUAGUCGAGGGCGGAAUCCCGCAGCCUGCUGUCACAUGGGACAGGAAUGGCGGCAGGCCUUUCUCCCAACAUGUGCAGAUACUGCAGAAUAAUAGAUUGAGUUUCCAAACCGUCGAAGUGAAUGAUGAAGGAGAAUACACCUGUACCGCAACUAAUGAUGCUGGAUCAGUCAGCGCCAGUACAAUCAUUAAAGUUAGAUCCCCACCAGUAAUUACAAUCUCACCAAACCAAUAUAUACAAGUUAUACGUGGAGACCGUGUUCAAGUUACAUGUCGCGCCGAUGGUUAUCCUGAACCUGAAGUAUCUAUCAAAUCGAGCACUGACCGGUAUCUACGGGUGCCGCCUUCACUCCGAUCUGCUACACUGAUCAUCACGAGCGCAAGCGACGACGGAGCCUACACUUGCACUGCCACCUCUCCUGCUGGUACCAGUGAAGAGCAGUUCGUCAUUCGUGUCGAAGGAGAUGGCAGUGGUGACGGCCCUUACGAUCCAAGUCCACCAGAAUAUCCUAGUAGCAUGCUUGCAAUCGAAGGACAGCAGAGCCGAAUCACUUGUAAUGCCUCUGAAGAAUUCCGAAUUAUUUGGACUCGGGGACCUAACCAGGAUCUACAAAACAAUGCUGUACAAAAUGGCAACGAACUAAUCAUUUAUAAUACUUCAAAGAGCGAUUCCGGCGUUUAUGAAUGCACAUUAGUGAACCUACAAACUAAUGAGGUUCAGCAAUCAGCUCAGACCGUCUUAGAAGUAUUGGCGCCACCUCGCAUCACCCUGCGUCCGCCAACGCAAACUGUACACCCUGGCCAGUCGCCGACUGUGGAGUGUAUAGUCGAAGGCGAUGACAUCCUUAGUGUAACAUGGAAACCAAUUAAUACCUUCUCUAGUCGAGUGGAGAGACGAGGAUCCGCUCUAAUAUUCCGUCAAAUAGAAGUCGAAGACGCUGGGAAAUAUGAAUGUUUCGCUAUGAAUAGAGUCGCGAAUGCAACUGCCGUCGCCGAAGUCAUCGUAAACGAAGAUACGGAUCGCGCGGAGUCUAACGAUAACCAGCAGUGGGCGCACGCUGGGUCGGCUGUUCAUCUUAGCUGUAACGCCACGUUGCCGCGGCAGAAGAUCACCUGGACCAAGGAUGGAAGAUCACUUCCGAGGUCCGUGGACCAGAAGAGAGACGGGUCUCUAUUCAUCCGCCUCGCCCAACCGACCGACAGUGGCCGCUACGUCUGUGUCAUUACCGACUCUUACGGAAGGCAGUCUGCUAAUUACAUCGAUCUCCACAUCGAGGGUUCUCGAGAGUCAUUAGCUUUAGUGGCUAUAGAUCAGCCAAGAAGAGCGUACAGGGUUGGAGAAAAAGUAGAAGUCCUGUGUAAAGCUAUAUCCAGGGAUAUCACAGUUUCUUGGGAAAGAUUCGGAACGAAUCAAUAUGUAGCAUUCAGAGUAUAUGGCGAUGGAGCACUGCUGUUGAUAUCAGGAGUUCAAUCAUCUGAUGCUGACGUCUAUAGGUGUACUGGUCGCGAUGAAUAUGGACGCACCUCGUAUGACGAUUUUGUUCUCCAAGUUACACCCGGAACUAACGAACCAUUCUACCCACCGAUAGAUAAAGAUACGACUUACACCGCUAGAUUAGGAGCAACAAUAGACCUACCGUGUACCCAUAAUUUAGAAGAGCCAGCGACGAUUGAGUGGAGACGCGAAAACGCCCAACUUCUUCCUGGAUUCAGACAGAAUGAGCGUGAUCUACACUUGGAAAGCGUGACAGAAGCUGACUCUGGGACAUACGUGUGCUAUGUAUCAAAUAACCAGGCCAGAGAAGAAUCGCGGGUGACACUUCGCGUUUCAGGUGUAGUGCCUAAAUUCAACGGUGACGGCUGGCUUACUCUACCAACGUUGAAGGAUGCCUAUAGCAGAUUCGAUAUUGAAAUCUCCUUCAAACCAUCUGAUUCCAAUGGAAUCAUCCUAUAUAGCAGCCAGAAUGACGAUGGCACCGGAGACUAUCUCGUCCUCCAACUAGUUAACGGUGUCCCAGAAUUUACUCUGAAAUUCGACACAUCCGCACCAUUGAUUGUAAAGGGAGAUAGGCCAUUGCAACUGAAUGCUUGGCACACAAUACGAUUGAGCAGAAGUGGCUCCAAAGUGACAAUGGACAUAGACAACACUGGACCAUUUGUAGCCGAGUCAUCUAAUGCAUACGCAGUACUAGAUCUAGAUUCCAAUUUGUAUGUUGGUGGAGUACCAAAUCAACGCCCUCCAGAACUAGAAUACGCUACAGGAUUUGUCGGCUGUGUUAGCAUGCUGAUUCUUGGAAAAGAGGAAAAGAAAAUAAUGGCAGACAGUAUACAGAGGAACAACGUGUAUGAUUGUGACUCUUGCACAGCGAAUCUUUGCCAAAACGAUGGAAUGUGCCAGGAGGCUCGCAACGAGCGUGGUUACAUGUGCAUCUGUCCCACGGGAUACGCAGGAUUGAACUGUGACCGUCCCGGAGAAUCUUGCAGGCCAGGACUUUGUGGUUUGGGCAAAUGCACAGACACCGUCGAUGGAUAUAAAUGCACCUGCCCCAUCACGUACACAGGCAGAAACUGCAAUGUCAAACAGAACAUCGAUUAUCCCGCAUUUACUGGGAGCGCUUAUCUCGCCAUAAAGUCCCCGAACACGUCACGUGUUUUACGAAUGUCAAUGGCCAUUAGGCCUAAAUCACCAGUAACGGACGGUAUUAUCAUGUACUGCGCGCAAUCAGCCCGAGGAUACGGCGGAUUCGCUUCUUUGGCUGUCCACAAUAGACGACUUGAGUUCCGCUUCGACCUUGGAGAUGGCAAUCCACCAAUCGUCUUAGUAAGCAACAAGACUCUUCUCUCAAAUGAAUGGACUUUAGUAAAAAUAGCACGUAUGGGUGCCGACGUGUACUUACAGAUGGAUACUGAUAGCUAUGAGGCUAAGCUGGCAUCGGCUAGGGAUCUGAAGUUUGAAACCGCAAUGUUUGUUGGAGGUGUAGAUGAUGACUCUAUCAUUCUUAAUAACAACACCGGCGUGACUGGAGGAUUUAGCGGAUGUAUUAAAGAUGUUACCCUUCAACAAGGCACGCUGGAUCUAAUAAACGCAUCGAUCCAAUCUGCUAACGUACAGGAAUGUUCGUACGGACGUGGUGAUAUUCCACAAUCUACUGUUUGUUCGAACUGUCGCAAUGGCGGCUACUGCACGUCUCCCGAUCUGACGAGUUGUACCUGUCCUCCUGGUUAUCUAGGAAUUUAUUGUGAGGAACAAAUUCCUCCUUCCCGAGGACCUUUCAAUGGCCCCUGCGCGCUACAGCCUUGCAGAAACGGAGGGUCUUGCAAAAUAGAUUAUAGUGCUAGAAUGAAUUAUACAUGCGAUUGCCCCUUGGGACAUGCAGGAACUAAUUGCCAAAUGCCAUUGGAUCUCUUUCAAAGUGUUGGUUUCAACGGAAAUGGAUACUUAGAGCUUCCGGCUCAGUACUUGCGAUAUGAUCAAUUGGAGGUUGGUCCUGAAGUCAUCGCUAUGGCAUUCCAUACUAACUACGAUGGUGUUCUACUUUACCAAAAGGAAGCAGCACUCACUCAUGGCGGAGACUUUAUAAUGAUCAGAGUCGAAAGAGGUGUAGUCGUGAUGGAAUGGGACUUCGGUAGCGGUAGAAACACUAUUUCUAUAGACCAAAAGUCGGUCGAUGAUGGCGAACGACACCAGUUAAUAGCGAAGCUCUUUGACGAUAGGAAUGUCGAGUUGACUGUCGAUACUAUUAACAAGAGAGGAGUGACCAACGGCUUAUCGAACGUUAUGAACGCUGAUUCGAACAUCUAUAUAGGUGGUAUACCAGAUAAUCUGAACACUGAAUUCAAUUACCCAGGACUUUCAGGAUGUAUAGAGCAGGUAGAAUUUAAAGAUUUGAAUCGCGGAGUCAACCUAGGUAGAGAAGCAGUGGCUGGAAGAAAUGCACAGCCCUGCAGAAAUCGACCAACUGAGUUC